GUACAGGUCGGUUUACGCCCAAAGUAAGAAUACAUUCAGUUUAAUAAUAUUUCUUCUCGAAAAAGGAUGGGUGUUAGCGUUUGUCUCGCUGUUUCGUGUUGUUUAAAUAUCGUGGCUCUAGUCUUGGUGGCCGUCUCAUUUUCAACGGAUGCUUGGUUAACUUAUGACGUUGAUACAUCAAGUCUAAAGGAUUCAAGGUGUGAUCAACGACAACAGUCAGCAACAUAUUUAUACGUUUCAAGAAAGAGAGGUCUCUUCCGAACAUGUUUUGAUGGCACGCCAAACUUGGGUAAGUUCUUUUCUAUUAAAAGAAUUGUGGAUGGAAACUGUCUUCCUGAGAUGGGAUACGAUAUUGGAGAUUAUAAAUUUAAUGACUCUGAAAUAGCUGGCUAUGGAAAAGAUAACAUUAAAAAAAGGACGAACUAUCAAAAGGCUCAAUGGAUGUUAGCAGCAUUAGGUGUUCUAAUACUUCUAGUAGCAGCGAGUUUAUGUCCGUGUGCAUGUUGGCGACAAACACAUUGUACUAUCCUCUCAACAGCCAUUGCUGCUCUAAUCGGUUCUGCUUGCUAUCUGACGUCAGUUGGUUUAUUUUUUUACAUUUAUAACACUAUCGAGAAGGACAUAAAUGAAAUAAACGUGGAUAAAAGAGUUCCUGAAUGGUUUCCAGAAAUGUGGGCUAAUGAUAACAGUGCAGAAGCAAAGUGUCUAGGUGAUGCAAAUGGAUACAAUAAAGAUGUUACAAAUAUUAAACUUGGCUACUCUUUCAUGAUUGGAGCAGCAGGAGGUGGCCUUGCUUUCAUUUCUUGUCUUGUCGCAUUCUUAACGGCAUUGUGUAUGAAACCUUCAAGAAGUGAAGAUUAUGAAGAAGACGUGAAGAAAGAACCACAAACUAAUGGCACUUCCCAAACACUUCCUCAAAAAACUCAACCUAUGGCUGUUCCGGCAAACCAAGCUCUCAUACAACCAACAACUUUCGUACCACAACCAAUGUACGCUACAGCCACUCUUCCAGCACAGGCUUUUCAUGCUCAACCAGCACAAGCUGUACAAUUACAUCCCAGCAGUUAUUUUACUAACGUGUAUAAUUAA